CAGUGGUAGAGAGAUUCAGUCCUCAGAUGAUCGCAUUGGGGGAGCUUGAAUUUAGAAAGGCCUUCCUCAUUCUUAAUUACAUUGGCUCGAAGAAACUGGAAGAAGCUAUACCUUCUGCUGAUUGGAUUAGGAACCUCAAAGAUUUGGCAAUGGUGGAAUUUGAGUCAGAGUAUCUUAGCUGGGAUUGUGCAAGGACUAAUUUGUACCAUUGUCAUGUCUCCCUGGAUGGAAAUCUCAGAUUUGAGGGCCCUUAUCUUGAUAAAACAAGAACUCAUCUACAGAGGGUUUUAGGGGAUGAUAACGUUCUCACAGUAAAGUUUGCAGAAGAUGGUUAUGAUUGGAAAAGCCUUCCAAGGAGUCAUUACCCCCCUGCAUACAUCAAAAUAUUAAAAGAAGGAAUCCCUGUUGGGCUGAGAAGAUAUCACUUUUUCAUGUUUAAAGAUGGAGGCAAAGAAGCCAAGAAGAAAGAACAAAAUAUCUCCUCUGUUAAGUGCAUAUUUGUUCGUAUGGAGUCUAAAGCGUCUCUUGAUGAAAAUCAAGAAUAUUUAUUAUCUGGAAAAACUAUUAAAGAGGCUAGAAGUAUGUUCAUGCAUGUCCAUACUCUACCAAAUGUGACCCAGUAUAUGGCCAGGUUAUCACUUAUCUUGUCUAAAUCGGUUGAGCUGGAAAUUGAUUUAGCAGAUGUAACUGUUCAGAGGAUAGCUGAUAUACCUUGCCUGGAUGAAAAUGGUAAUUGUGUUUAUGAUAAAGAUGGAAACCUGUGCAUACACACUGAUGGGACAGGUUUUAUAUCUGAGGAUUUAGCUUUAAAAUGCCUAAAGAAUGUUAUCCAUGGAAGUUAUCACAACAAGGAGAAUACUGAGGUGACAUCCUCAAACAUGCUCUGUCCAGAUGCUCAAUUUAUGGAACCACCUUUGCUGAUUCAGUGCCGCCUCUUUCACAAUGGUUCUGCUGCAAAGGGAACUUUACUUCUUAAUAAAAAGCUCCCUCGAGGAACCAUUCAGCUACGAGACUCAAUGAUUAAAGUUCAUCCAGAUCCAAAAUCAAGUAUUUCCACAAAUAAUUCAUUGGAAGUAGUUGCAACCAGUAAACGGCCUCGAAGAGCAUCUCUCUCAAGGAAUUUAAUUGCACUUCUUAGCUGUGGAGGUGUGCCAGAAGACUUUUUCAUGGACGUGUUGAAGAAUGCACUAGAAGAUGCACAGAGUGCUUUCUCCAAUAGGCGUGCAGCACUCAGAGUUUCCCUCAAUUGUGGCUCAAUGGAUGAUCUCAGCGCAGCAAGAAUGAUUUUAUCUGGAAUUCCACUAGAUGAAACAUCUGUACAGAAUGAAUCAUUUGUAACGUCCAAGGAAGAAAAAAAAGGCCUUAAGGGAGGAAAGAUCCCAGUAAAUGAUUGUUAUUACUUAAUGGGAACAGCUGACCCUACUGGUAUCUUGGAAAAGGGUGAAGUAUGCAUUAUCUUGGACAAUGGGCAGAUUUCAGGGAAAGUACUAGUAUACCGUCAUCCUGGUUUGCAUUUUGGAGAUAUUCAUCUCCUAAAUGCUAGAUAUGUGAAAGAAUUGGAAGAUUUUGUUGGACAGGCAAAAUUUGCUAUAUUCUUCCCCUGCAAAGGGCCACGGUCUCUGUCUGAUCAGAUGGCUGGUGGGGAUCUUGAUGGAGACAUGUAUUUUGUAUCCAGAAAUUCCCAGUUAUUACAUUAUUUUGAGGAGAGUAGUGAACGUUGGGCAUCCAAAUCUUCACCAUUGAGUGUCUCCAAUAAAAAGCUAGGUGAACUUUCAGAUGGUGAGUUGGAGGAAGAGCUGCACCAACUGUUCUUAAGAUCUACAUUUCAGCCACGUUCCAGUAUUGGUGUGGCAGCUCAUAGUUGGAUGGCAAUGAUGGAUAGGUAUCUUACACUGGAAGAUGGUGACCCUACAGAGAAAGCUCAUCUGAAGGAAAACAUCCUUCGCUUAAUUGAUAUCUACUAUGAUGCCUUAGAUGCACCCAAAAAGAGUGGAGAACAGAUUGAAGUUCCUGAAGAACUAAGGGUAAAAGUGUUUCCACACUAUAUGGUGAAGAAAAAGAACUCUUACAAAUCGACAUCAAUUUUGGGGAAAAUAUUUGAUUUUGUAGAAUCAUAUGGAGAAGAAAAAUUCUCACAGAAAGAAAUUCAAAAGCUUCCCUGUCUCAAGAUGCACCCCAGAAGUGGAGGCAUUGAAAGUGAAGUGGAAGGAACUGCACGAGAAACACCGGAAAGAUAUGAGCAAUGCUUUAAACCACAAUGGAAAAGAAAGGAAUGAGGCUGCUAACGAGGUCAUAAACUAUAAGCAGCUACCAUAUGGUGCUGCAGAGUUUGAGAGUAAAAGGCCUCUAAGAGAAAUCUAUGACGAGGCUGUAGCCAUUUAGCAUGUUACAUAUGACUAUGCCAUGGAAAAGAGAGAUGUGAAUCAAUGUGGCUUUGCCUGGAAGAUUGCUGGUUCGGCUCUUUCCAAACUAUAUACUUCUGAGUUGGGUGAAGAGCCCUUCCAUUGCGUACCAUCAGUUCUUAAGGAGUUGUUCAGUUGAAGAGCUAUGGUGUAAAGCUUAUGUCUGAUAGAAAUCGAAAAAGAAGGAGAAAUAUUUGAAGAAAAGUUUAUUAUUUUCUUGAAUGAUACUGUAUGCACAAUAACUUAUAUAUAGGAGUUUACAAAGAGAAUAUUUUGAGGUAUAAAGUAUAUAAACAGAA